AUCUUACUAUAAUUAUUUUGCCAUAUAAGUUCUGUGAGGUAGAUAAUACACGCGUCAGUUAAGUUAUAAUGGGCUCCGUGGAAAAUUUUGUAACUUCUGGAAAAAAGUGUAUAGGAAUAGCUUCAAAUUAUUAUUCUUUUUUGAAAGCCAUAAAUAAGACUAAAUCAGAUGUGCCUGGAAUUUUCCUGAAACCUACCAGUUCAUACAUAACCGAAGGACAAAAGAUUGUGAUCCCUAAAGGUUUUACAACAGUAAACGAAGAAAUUGAGCUUGGAGUAAUUAUUGGCAAAAAGUGCAAAAAUGUUUCAGAGCAAGAAGCUAUGGAUUAUGUAGGCGGAUAUUGUGCUGCUUUAGAUAUGACUGCUGCAUGUCAAAUGAAACCUCAAGGUUCAUGGACAUUAGCCAAAGCAUUUGACACUGCUUGUCCAGUGAGCCGAUUUAUUCCUAAAGAAAAAAUACCUGAUCCGCACAAUGUCAAUUUAUGGCUGAAAGUUAAUGGAGAAGAAUGGCAAAAUGAAAACACAAGUGAUCUUGUUUUCAAAGUACCUUACCUUAUCUCAUAUUUAUCAAAAUAUUUCACCUUGGAACCGGGUGAUUUGAUUGUAACAGGAUCACCAGCUGGAGUCCGUGCAGUUAAAAAAGGAGACAUUAUUGAAGCUGGAUUGCAAGGAAUUGUUAGUGUUAAAUUUGAAGUUGAUGAAGAAUAAAAACAUUUUUUUUUUCUAGUAAUAAUUUAUGUAAUACUAAAAACACCAACGAAAUAAUAUCACACCAGAUACAUUAAAAUUACUUAUACAUUAUUUAAAUGCCUCCACUUUUUACAAUAUUCCAAUCUGGGAAGUUUCAUUUGGAAAAACUAGUUAAAAUUAUACACCCACAGAAUUCAUGAUCACAUUAUAUCAUGUCUAAAGAUUAUUUAGUCUUUUGUGUGCUAGGAAAUAAGAAAAAUGACUAGUAUUUUGAUCAUUUUGGCUAUUUAAAGUUCAUCGUGUUGCGGUAAAUGCUUAUCCACGAAAUCGGACAAGUCCUCCAAUUCGCGAUUUCCACUGUAUUCUGAAAUUUUCUGACCAUCUUUGUAAAGGAACAGUGAUGGGAAGCCUUCAAUCUGCAAGUAUGUUAUUAAAAUGAAAUUGUUUAUUAAAAAGAAGACCUAAAUUACCUCUUGUUCAUUACAAAACUCUCUAUUUUCAGUAACAGUACAAUCAACUUUACCAAUCUUGACUCCCUCUUUGUCUUCGUAUUUUUUGCCUAAUUGUUCCCAAGUCGGAGCUAAUCGUUUACAGUGGCCACACCAGGGUGAAUAGAAAUCAACAAAAGUUACUCCAGACUUGAUU